AUGAUGGUCCGCCUCUCAACACUGGCGCUUGCUGCCAGUAUUUUAUCGGCGCCAUCGUUGCGCGCGACCACCUAUCUUUCGCUGGGUCGCACCUCACAAGCCACCGACGACUUCCAAAAGGUCCUUACCCUCCAGCCCGGCUUCGAGGGCGCGCACGUGCAACUGGGAAAGCUGAAAGCUCGUUUCGGGGACUGGGACCUGGCCAAGGAACACUACCUGCAAGCGAAGAAAACGGAGGAGCUCGCGAGUCUGGAGGAGGCCAAGGGCGCAGCAACCCUCGCCGAGGCGGCCGCAAACUCGGAGAACUGGGAGGAAUGCAUUAAGCAAGCCGACGAUGCCAUCUUGACGGCGAACCGUGCAUUGUCGCUACGCGAGUUGCGCGCGAGGUGUGCGUUCGAACGGGGGGCAAUGGAAAGGGGCAUCGGUGAUCUCCAGCACAUCCUACAGAUGAAACCCGGCGAUACAUCACCCCACGUCAAGAUUUCGGCUAUACAGUUCUACGCGCUUGGCGAGUUGCAGGACGGCAUGGCAUCCAUCCGGAAGUGCCUGCACUCCGACCCAGAUUCGAAGGAGUGCAAGCGGUUGUUGAAGUUGGAAAAGCAGGUGGAUAAGGUGAUCCAGAAGGUUACCAAGGCUCUAGACAAGAGCCAACACAUGACGGCGGUGCGACAACUUGUGCCAUCGGGGGAUGACGAAGGGUUGAUUCGGGAGGUUAAGGACCAGGUAAAGUUAUUGAGGGAGGAAGGCACAAUCCCCCGAGCAGCAGGGAAUGUUCUAGUUGCGAGGCUGGUUGAAAUGGCUUGCCAGGCUUAUUAUGAAUCAAAUAGCAAGAAGGCCAAGGAAUAUUGCGAAGAGUCCUUUGAACACGACGAGAACUCAUUUUACGGCCUACUUUACCGUGCUAAACACCUUCUGGAUGCGGAAGAGUUCGAAGCUAGCAUCAACACCCUCCGCAAGGCCGCCGAGGCCCACCCGGGCAAGGAGGAGACCAUCAACCCGCUUAUGCAGAAGGCGCAGGUCGCGCUCAAGCGCAGCAAGACUAAGGACUACUACAAGGUGCUGGGCGUCGCGCACGAUGCCGACGAGCGUCAGAUUAAAUCGGCCUACCGCAAGCUAUCCAAAGUACACCAUCCGGACAAGGCGGCUAAGCAGGGCCUCACCAAAGAGGAAGCAGAGAAGAAGAUGGCGUCUAUCAACGAAGCGUACGAGGUGCUCAGCAACCCGGAGCUACGCGCGCGUUUCGACCGCGGCGACGACCCCAACUCGCACGAGCAGCCGCAACAUCACGGCAACCCGUUCGGCGGAGGCCAUCCGUUCAUGUUCCAGCAGGGUGGCGGCGGCGGUCAGCAGUUUCAAUUCAACUUCAGGGGGUCUGGGUUCCCAUUCGGAGCGUAA